AUGUCCGGCGAUUUCUACGCGCUAUUCCGGAGACAGCCGCAGAAUACAGCUAGUACCACUGCCAAUACCACAGCCGCUGCUCCUCCCAAGAAGAGAGGCAGGCCCAUCAAGCACCAGCGCGGCGAGCAGACCAAAAUGAACAGAGAUGGCACUAUCCACGACGCCACAAAGAAGCGGAAGAAUAGCGUUAUUGAUAUUGACGGCGAUGAAGAUGAGCCGGAUAUUAAGAAACAACAGAUGCAGCCAACGCAGCCAUCGACGCGGCCACUGCAUCCCCUCUUUACCUCCAAUUACUCGCAGAAGAGCUCCGAAAAAGCAACCGCCAAGCCCAUCCAGCAGCUUAACGCUAGAAUACCCUCCAUCUCUGAAUCGCACGUUCAACCAGACGGCGAUCGCGCGAUUUAUGUCCAUAUCGGUGAAGCGCCAUUUAAGAGGCGCGAAGAGGGUGUUAAAGUGGCUGAGCAGGCAUGUUCAUCUACAGGGAUGUUCAAAUUAGCUUCGUUGAGUGGCUACACGAGCUACAAGUCCGAUCAUAGCAUCCGCGACAAGGUACAUAAUAUAAAAAAGUCUCAGAAGACAGAGCAGGCACAGCACUCACUCAUAACUCGCACACUCGCUCCGAAACACCCUUCACAAGUGCUGCACAACGGCACACUCGCCACCUACCUCUCUGCAUGGAUGGCGAAUCUCGCACUCGGUUCUCCGCGCUGGGAGGAUGUGCGAGCGGGGCAAGAGCUGCGUAUGCGUGGACGUAAGGGCAAGAAAGAUAAUGAGGAUAAUUGGAUAGUGGACGAUAUGUUCGAUUUUGAUUUUGAUUUCGAUGCUCGCGUUGAACCACCAUCACAGCCCAGCUAUUUACCCACACUGCCACGCACACACCACCCAGAUUCCAUCGAAAGUAAUUGCAUACUCUUGCAGGGUGCGCCUGGUAGCGGUAAGACAGCGGCGGUUUAUGCGGCGGCACACGCGCUCGGCUGGGAUGUCUUUGAGGUGUUCCCCGGCCAGCGGCGGAGCGGGAAGGAAGUACUAGAUUUGGUGGGGGCGGUAGGCGAGAAUCACAUAAUUGGUGGGAGUAACGUGAAACAACAUAAGCGAAACACUCCAAAGCACUCUCAACACCACCCAAACCCCCACAAACAAUCAGUCAUUUUCCUCGAAGAGGUAGACGUGAUUUUUGAGGAGGAUAAGGGUUUCUGGGGAGCUGUUCAGGCACUCGCACAGUAUUCCAAGCGCCCCGUCGUGCUUACGUGCAACGAUGCCUCCGUUAUACCCUCUACCUCAGUCAUCUUGCAGACCACCCUCGAAUUCAAGCGUCCUCCACACGAUGUCGUGAGGAGGUAUAUGGUGGAGUGUGGAGGGGCAAAAAAGGAAAGCGCAUACACGAUGCAAACAUCACACACACAACUCACUAGCUUAGACCCUCCCCCACAGGUCAUCGAGGACGACAAGAGCUGGCUGGUCGAUUCCGCUGGCGGCUUGUACGGCAAACACUUUGACGAUGGGUGUGAUCUGAGACAGGCUUUGAUGCAGCUGCAUGUGCAGAGCAAACAGGGAACAGAAGAAAAUUGCUCGGACGAAGAAAUAAAAACAUAUGAAUCUUCGCAAUCACAACUUCAAUCACACACAAACACUCCCUCUAAUAAACAACUCCCCUCUCUCAACUCGCUCCUCAACUCGCUCGAAGCACUGUCAUUCGUCGAUGCACACGUCGCACAACCACUGUGGCGAUCGAUGGAGCUCCUCGAAUCAGAGACGCCGAAUGAGAUAAUAGGACAUGAGACACUGGGUAGAAUUACAAAAGCGGAUCAGACGACACUGGCUGAGUUUACGUGUGAGGGGGACAUUGGGGAGUAUAUUCUGGAUACUGUCAACAAGGCACAAGAUGGCUUUAUGAUUUCUCCAAACAACACACCCGCUCAUCACGCACAGCAGGACAUACUGCUGGAUAUGCGCCUUGACAUGUUGGGGGCUUUUGCACCAAUCAUGCCCUCAGCAGUCCUCGCCGUCGACUAUGCGCCGUAUAUCCGCCAACUGGUGGCGUGCGACGACGAGCAAGAGAGACUGGCAGUAGGGGAGAUGGAAGGUAGCAGUCGGGGCACGCGCAACAGCCGCAAUAGAUACCGGCGGAUGUACGACUUUGAAAGUGUGGCGAGCAUCAAGGGGAGUUAUUUGAAAGAGGGCUAG